UAUUUUAUUACCAAGCAACAGAGACCAGCACAUACCGGCGAAUUAGUAAAAACGGUAACAGUUAAUAAAUUCUACUAUCGACUUCAACCACGUUCAGAAAACCAAUGCCAAACAUGCCUUCGCCCAGACUCUGCAUUCCGUUGUCAAUGUAGUUAUAAUGGGAGAAGUUGUUUUCUGCAUGAAACAGACACAGUAUAAAAUCGAGCAGGUUGCUCUGUCAUGAAUAAAAGUAAAGACCCCCAGUUAGCUGCGACAGAACUGCAGGCGAACAAUCACCAAAAUCACGACUGUCACUGUGGAACCGAUGUGGUUCUGGAGCAGAAGCAGCUCGACAGUGCAGAUGUUAAGCAGGUGUUUGUGCGGAGGUUCUCCUCCUUUAACCUGUUCUGCAGGAGCAGGGUCACUCCUACAGAAACGGGUGAAGGACAGUGGUUGGAGUAUAGAAGUGCGAUCCUUCCUCAGUACCGUGCCUUACUCGGAGACAAUCUUGAUCCCAUUAGAGUGGAUGAGGUACUCAGCAGCUUUGACAGCACGGGAAAUGUCUGUGUCUGGCCUUCUGAAGAGGUGAUGGCCUACUAUUGCCUGAAGAAACGUCACAUGUUCACGGGCUCGGCGGUGUGUGAGCUGGGUGGAGGGAUGACGUGUCUUGCGGGGCUCAUGGUAAUAGUUUGUAGUAAUGUGAAGGAAGUGCUGCUAUCUGAUGGCAACGAGAAGGCAAUUCAAAAUGUGCGGAGUGUAAUCGAGAGGAACAGACGAGAAGGGCUCUUCCUUUCUACCAAUGUGUCCUGCAGGGUGGUGAGAUGGGACAAUGAGGCCGAUGUGUCCGCUCUGGAGGGUCGCUUUGACAUGAUGAUGUGCGCUGACUGUCUGUUUCUUGACCAGUACAGAAGCAGUCUGGUCGAUGCACUAAGAAGAUUACUGCGACCUGAUGGCACGAGACACGCUGGCAGAAUUCUGCAGACUGGCAGAAAGCACAGGCCUGAGAGUGUGUCGCUGUGACAGCUACGACUCACAUCUGUGGAACCUUCACCUGAAGAUGCAGAGAGAAGGAAAGGAGGUGUACGAUGAGAACAUCCACUAUCCUCUUCUCCUCACUCUCACUCACGGAUCCAGUCCAGCCCUGAUCUCAGCUGGAAAAAAGCCAUCUCAUGCCAGGCUGCCUUUCAGUACCACCCACCCCGGCUUUGCCACUGUGUCCUCAGCUCCUGUGUGUGUGUAUGUGUGUGUGUGUGUACUUGACCUUUUUACUGUGCAACAAAAGUGUGAAAUGCAUUAAAUGGGAAUGGAGAACACAUCCCUCCAUCUCAUCCUACAAAAACUGCGGAUGUGACGCUUAGAUAUGAACUCAUUCAAUGACUUUGAGUAUGCGUGAUAUCAGAGAUGAUGUUUCAGGGCAGAACAUUAUGAAUUUAUGAAUUCAACUCUAGAGGCUGAUACAGCUAAUCAGGUUCGCAGGACUAUCUUGGCCUCUUUACAAAAACAUAAAUGAGGCGCAGGGUCGUCUUGAUCAUGAGAUCUUGUUAUCAUAAUGACACCAGCUCUCAGUUAGAUGCUGAUUCUGUAUCUACAAUCAAAGGUUCAUUCUGACACCAAAGGUCAUGAAGGGUUGAGAUGGAUGCAGCUGUGCUGAAUGUUAUUUGCUUCACUGUGAAAUGCUCUCACCUGGCAUUUUUUAUUGAAGAACUGACGAGAUAUGACCGAUUAGGCCAGCCUAAGACUGAAUUGAUGUCUUGACAGCGUCACACUAGCACUGGUCAGACCUGCAGCACUGUUCUCCUGUAUGUUUGAGUGCACUCACACUGCAUGCUGGACUAAUGGCCAUAGAAUGUCAGAUGGAUUAUUUGUAGCAGGAUGUCCAAAUUGGUCAUUUCUAUACAAUUAAAGUGAAUGGUAAUCAUAAGUAUCGUUUUCAAAGAAUAGUAACUUAAGUUUUAGUCUUUUUUUGAAUGCAAAAGCUUUAGAGAUAUAGAUUAACGUGAAAGCUGGGUGGACUGGGUGCUAUUUUGCCCUUUUUUGGAACUUGACAAUCUCUGGUCUUCAUCCACUUUGAUAGCAUAGAUAAGAGCAGUAUGGACAUUCUGCAAAACUUCUCUUUUUAUGUUUCAUGAAGGAAAGAAAAUAUGCAUUUGGAAAUGGGUGAGUAAUCAUGAUGAUUUUCAAGUUUAAAUUAAAUUCAUAAUUACAGUUCAUAGGAGUUCAGUUUAGAUGCCACUCUCUGCCAUAGAAUAAAAAUUAAGACAUUUUAUUGUGAUUUCUCACAUUUUUUUUCUUUUUUUUAUUAAGUCUAUAUCUAGGAUUCUGACUUUUUCCUUAACUAUAAAUCUACAUCCUGCAGGGGUUUUUUCACUGCGGGAUAAACUAUAAAAAAAGAGAACUAUGACUUUUUUCUCAUGAUUCUGACUGAAGUUUACAUCUCCCAGUUUAGACUUUCCUUCUUAGAAUUGUGAGAAACAAACUUAGAACUGCAAGAUAUAAAAUUAAAUCAUUAUAAAAUCAGAAUUAUGAUAUAAGAAUUCACACUUACCUUUUUAUUAUUAUUAUUAUUAUUAUUAUGAUUAUUGUAUUCCAUGGCAGAAACAAGCCUCAGUAGUUCUGUUUUUGUAAAUCAAGGGCAUAUACAGUAGAAGUUGUUUUUGAUAUACAUUCAGAAGAACUAUUAAACUCUUAAACUAUUUUAUGCAUUUUAACAAAUAAAUCUUUGGUUGAUUUGAUUUUAUUCCCUAAACUAUAGCCCCCUUUCCCUACUGUUGUUUUCUCCUGAUGGUGAGCUCUGGUUUGUUGUGAAUCAUUCAGGGCUGUGUGCUUCUGCACUGUGAUUACAUUUGUACAAAACACAGAUGAGUCCAAAGAGAUUGUUUCUCACUGACACUGCAGGUGCUUGUAACGACUGUGAUUAAAUCAUUGUUUUCAAUC